AUGUCACCAAUUCACACCACGUCAUUCACCAUCCCAAAGGGAUCAACCGUUCUUGUCACUGGUGUCAACGGUUUUAUUGGUUCCCAUGUCGCCAAUGAAUUUCUACAGCGCGGAUACGAGGUCCGAGGAACAGUCCGCGAUACUACCAAGGCAGCAUGGAUCAAAGACUUGUUGCAUCAGCAAUACGGCAAAGACACCUUCACCCUCUGGCCUGUUGCCGAUUUGACUUCUCCUCAUGCUUUUGACAAGGUGAUCAAAGGCGUGGCAGCAGUAGUUCACGUCGCUUCGCCGCUAGGCCUCGACUCCGGCACCGGUACAAUGAUCCCUGAUGCCAUCGCUAGCGCCCUCAACGCUCUAAAAGCAGCCAACAGUGAACCAAGCGUAAAGCGCUUCGUAUACACCAGCUCUUCAACCGCAGCAGUCUUUCCCGAGGCAGGAAUCCCGGCCAUAGUGGAUUCGAAUACCUGGAACGACAAGGCACUUUCACUACUACAGAACUCAGCCUCGGCACCUGAAUGGUAUGUUGCGUAUGCCGCUAGCAAGGUUGAGGCGGAGCGAGCCGUAUGGGACUUUUAUCACAAUGAUAUGACGCGUCGUUCGGAUCUGGUGGUCAAUACAGUACUUCCCAGCACAAACUUUGGUAAAAGCCUGGAUUGGAAGCAUCAGGGCUACCCAUCAACAUCAGGAUUCGUCAGGACUUUAUGGAGCGGCACGGCUCUGGAAUCACUGACCAAUGCGUUACCUCAAUAUUUUAUCGAUGUACAAGAUGACGCAAAACUUCACGUCGCGGCCACUCUAUUGCCCGACGUACAAGGGGAAAGGAUCUUCCCUUGGGCAGAAACAUGGAAUCUAGACCAAAUCCUAGCCAUUCUACGGGCGCAGAACCCUGACAGAACUUUUGUCAAAGACUUUCAGGCCAUGCGCUAUCUAGCAGAUAUCGAAGAGCCGAGGUCACGCUGUAUACAACUUUUGCAGGCACUGGGUGAGUCUGGUUUCACUUCUCUAGAGGAAAGCAUCCGGCUGAACAGUGAGGACUUGGCUCGAGCUGCGUGA